GCGAGAUAAAAGCCGCUCAUUCUUCGCCCUUGGCAUGCCUUCUGCACCCAUCUAUCUGCGGCGCUGUCCUCUUCUCCUCGUCGUCGGCGAUAGCAACCUGUACCCAUCGUGAUGCCGACUCGCAUGCCGAUCCGCCUCACCCGCCCGAUCGCCCUGCGCUGGCUGCUUCUGCUCCUGGUUGGCCUUGUCGGCCCGGCCCUCGCCAGUCUCUUCCCGAUCCCUGGUCCUGAGCUCGACGCAACGCUGGCCCCAUGGAUCAAGCAGCAAUACAACAUAUCCCACGACCGUCUACUGCAAAACAUCUUCAACAAUGGCUCCGUCAUUGCUUCGCCGUCGCGAUCGCACCCCGACUACUUCUACACCUGGAUCCGGGACUCGGCCCUGGUCAUGGACGUCGUCGUGAGCCUCUAUCGCCAAGCGAAACCCGGGUCGCCGGAAGAGGCCCGCUACGAGUCGCUGAUUUGGAGCUUUGUGCAUUUUUCCAAGCGACUGCAGGAAGUGCCCAACCGAAGCGGCGGCCUCGGCGAGCCCAAGUUUCAUGUGGACGGGCGACCCUUUGCCGGUGACUGGGGCCGUCCGCAGAACGACGGUCCAGCCCUUCGUGCUCUCGUCUUCAUCCGCUUCGCCGUCGCCUAUCUCGACAAGGACCAUUCACCCGACAAGAUCCGAGAGUUCAUUUACGACAGCAACUACCCUUCUUCGAGCCCGCUCAAGCGGGACCUGGAGUAUGUCGCGCAGUCCUGGCCCCAUCACGGCUUCGAGCUCUGGGAAGAGGUCGAUGGGCACCACUUCCACACCAAGGCCGUCCAACGAGCGGCGCUUGAGUAUGGCUGGCGAUUUGCCCGCCUGAUGAACGACGAGGGGGCUGCCAAGUGGUACUAUCACCAUGCCCGCAGCGUCGAAGUCAGUCUGCGCGAGCACUGGAGUCCCUUCCGCCAGCAACUUAUCGAGACUCUCGACUGGCGCGGCGACAAUAAGGGCAAGGCUGGAUUGGAUCUCGCCGUUAUCCUUGCAUCGAUCCAGGGCCAGAUCGAGGGCGACGAGUACAUGUAUCCCUGCAGCGGCGAAGUGCUGAUCACGGCUCUGGAGAUGAUGCAUGCCAUGCAGCGGCUUUACCCCAUCAACGCUGUCCGCCGCGAUCUCACCGGCGGACUCAUGGGCCCCGCCAUCGGUCGGUACAUCGAAGACGUCUAUGACGGCGACAGCAUGACGGGCGGCAAUCCGUGGGUCCUCGGCACCUGCGGCUACGCCGAGCUGCUGUACUACUGCUCCGCCAAGUGGGCCAGCAAAUCGCACAUCAAGGUCACCGAGCCGCUGAUCCCUGUGCUUGAAGAGAUCCUCGGCAUGCCGUCGGGGUCGUUCCCGGUCGCCUCCGGAGGCCUGCUCAGACACCGGCAGUAUCCCGAGCUGUUCACGUCUAUAGUCGGCAACCUCAGCGCCGCCGGCGAUGCCUUCCUGCGCCGGGUUCGCUUUCACACCCCAACAGACGGAUCCAUGUCUGAGCAGAUUGACCGCCACCACGGCGCAAUGCGCGGCGCCCGUCAUCUGUCGUGGAGCUACGCCAGCUUCAUGACGGCGACCUGGCGGCGUGCCGAAGUCGUCAAGCAAAUGGAGCGGCUGCGAAUGGUCUCGCACCACGAGGCUGUGCAGGUGGGGCCUGUGGCGGACGACGAUAUCGACGCCGACAGAGCUGUGCUGGCAUUGGUUAGUCAGUUCUAGGCCUGCGCUGUCAAUACACAGUCAGUCAAAUCCAUAACGAAACGGGAAAGUGUCCCUCUCUCUCUGGCAUCGGAGGCCCCAGCGGACGGGCCGUGUGAUUAUGUCCGCCUUGAAUACACCCCCGAUCUCAUGUGGC